GGCGACGGGCUUAGAUUAUGUAGCUUUUCUGUAAAUAAGAAUGUUGGACUUUUAUUGUUUUGAUCCUGUAAUCUUUAACAAUCAAAACAAUCAUCAUAUAUCAGCUGGAGAUGGUUCUGAUUACCAGCAGACUGUAGGUUAUUUCAUCAGACACUGUGGUGAAGGUGAUGCAAGCUCCUGCUGCUGUGAGCACAAACAGCAGGCUGGACACGCCCCCUCCUGGUGUCCUGAUAAACAUCCAGCAUGCAGGCACACCCCCCCAGUCCUGAAACAGCCCUCUAGUCACUGUAGACCUCGGUGCAUUUUUACAUGUUGUUGGAAACGAAAAGGAACUUGAUUUGAAGCAUUUAUCUCUCAUGUUCAGAUGUCGGAAGAAGGCAUUGAAGUACCUCGAGCCUUGGCCUCUGGUCCCAGUGCUUUCAUUCCUGCAAAAGAGAUGUUUACAGAGGGGCCAAACCAGGACAUGCUCAUUGAGUCUUUUCUUUCACUGGGUCGGGUGGACCAUCUCGCCAUGGUCAUGGCCCUCCACCCGUCCUAUCUUAGCUGCUUCCUCAGGACCCAGCAUGCUUUGUUUGAACUGGACGGUCCUUUGCCACGUGACUGGAGACAUUACAUUUCCAUAAUGGCUGCAGCCCGGCACCACUGUUCAUACAUGGUGCAGCAGCAUAGCAUGGCUUUCCUGGAAGCUGGAGGGGAGGAGAGCUGGCUCAGCGGCCUCGAGCACGCCCCCACUAAACUCCGCGGCCUCCAAACCCUCAACAAGCUGCUGGCACACCGACCCUGGCUCAUCACGCAACAGCAUAUCCAGGAGUUGGUGUGCGCCGGAGCAGAGCCGCGCUGGUCGCUCGCUGAGCUGAUCCACGCUGUCAUCCUGAUGGCUCACACUCACUCUCUCUGCUCCUUUGUGUGGGGUUGCGGAUUAAACCCAGAACCGGACCACAUUGGGGGUCACACCUUCUGCCCUCCGUCGCCCAGUCACAUUCCUCACAGCCCGGCUCAUGAGGACGGCAGGCAGGAGCUGGCGGAUGGAGCAGUGGAGGUGGAGGUACUGAUGAAGAGAAUGGUUGAGCUCCAGCAGCAGGAAGAGGAGUGCACACAGGAGGAGAUGGUUACUCGAUUUGAAAGGGAGAGGAGCGAGAGCAUACCGACAGCGGUGGUGAGGGGAGCUCCACCUGAGCUGGUGCUGAAUCUAGUCGAGGAACCUGAGUUCAGAUAUGAGGACUUUGCCCCCAGAGGAGAGCAGUCACCACCCAUCAUGAGAGCACAGGACUAUUCGUGGGAGGACCACGGCUUCUCUCUGGUCCAGAGACUGCUCCCAGACAUGGGCCAGUUCCUGGAUGAGGAAUUCCAGGUUGUGAGCAACUUGACCUAUCACAGGAUGGCGAUGCAUGAAGGUGUCGACACAUAUACUCUGAGGAAAGCUCUGUGGAACUACAUCCACUGCCUCUACGGCAUACGUUACGAUGAUUACGACUAUGGCAGUGUGAAUGUGUUACUGGAGCGCUCGCUGAAGGUUUUUGUCAAAACCGUGGCCUGCCACCCUGAGCAGACCACCGCACACAUUUACCAUGACUUCUGGAGGCACUUCAGACACUCCGAAAAGGUUCAUGCCAACCUAAUAGUGAUGGAAGCUCGACUACAGGCUGCCCUGCUCUAUACUUUACGAGCCAUUACGUACUACAUGAGAUGACUCCUUUGCACACCGUCUUGCAGAUGCUGAGCCAGCUGUGAUGGAUAAAUUAUACUCAUACACUACGGUGAAUGUUUGUGAAUUCAUGUCGUAUCUUUCAGUGUUAAGGUUAUUUUGUUUGAUGCUGCUUUGCCACGUGGAUGCAUUUAAAUGUUACCUCUUUUGCACUGAAUACAUCAGGAUUUAAAUCCCCUAUGGAGCCUUGAGCGUUCUGAUUCUUCUUGCACAUGAUUUUUAAGAUUAGAUACUGCAUACCUGGUAAUGCCAGGUCAGUUUGUUAUCAAGGCCGGUUGGUAAAUCAUUGUUUGUCUGCAGUACUACAAGGCUAAGCUGCAACAAGAGUAUCUUGUAUUUUUUUAAGCAAUAAAAUUUACUUUGU